AUGACUCAGAACUGCAGGGCACUGAAGCAAUACUUGGAAGAUCUAGUGGCAGCCGGGCACCUAAGGGAUUACAUUGAUCAGGAUAAGGAAGUGGCCGAACUGGGGAACCUGCCACCAGAACCGAAUAUUGAGCACCCACCUCGGUUGAUAAUAAAUGUGAUCCACGGGACGGCGACUCAAGAAUCUGAUGAGGCACUGAAAGAAGAGAUCGCUAAGGCUGCGCAAAUUCAGAGGGUCAUGUCAGUAAAGCCUGCAUCGAAAAAGCACCUCACCCCAGCGGCAGCCCCGUUGGCCGGUUUCAAUUCACAGCCAGAAUGGCCUCUUGGCAGAAUAGUGUUGCCAGUCGUGGCGGGAACAAAAACCCUCCAGAUAGAGUUCUUGGUUAUUAAUACACCAUCCCCUUACAACGCCAUACUUGGCCGCCCAUGGAUUCAUCAAAUGGAGGCAGUCCCUUUAACCUACCACCAGCUCAUCCGUUUCCCAACGGAACACGGAGUAGAGCAGAUCUCAAGGGAUCAAGUUGUGUCCAAACAUUGCUUCAUGGCAGCAUUAAAGGCAAAGCAACUCUACAAUCGGGUAGAGAUGGUAGAAGUGGCCGAACAGCCAGUCUUGGAAGAUGUAUGGGGAAUCCCAGAGGAAAAGAUGGUAGAGGAUUUUGAGAAAGUCUUGGUAAAAGAGGAUGACCCAGAAAAGUACUUCCUUAUCGGGUUGGACCCAGAAUUUGCUUGCCAAGAGCUCAACAUCAACCCUUCAGCUCGGCCCAUUGUGCAAAAAAGUCGGAGAUCCUCAGUCGAGCACACCGAAGCAGUAAUUGCCGAAGUCGAAAAACUCUUGGCUUCAAGAGCAAUCAGGGAAGUUCACUUUCCUCUGCCUUGCAUUGAUCAACUAGUAGACUCAAUAGCAGGGCAUGAGCGCAUGAGUUUUCUGGACACUUAUAGCGGUUAUCAUCAGAUACCACUGUUCGGUCCGGAUCAAGAAAAGACAGCAUUUAUCACUCCGAGAGGAACUUACUGCUACAGAGUGAUGCCGUUUGGCCUCAAGAACGCCGGGGCGGCCUACCAGCUGAUGGUCACUCGGAUGUUCAAGGUCCAACUGGGAAAAACCAUGGAAGCUUAUGUAGAUGAUAUGGUAGUCAAGAGCAAGUUCGCUACAGACCAUCUUAUAGACUUAAGAGAAGUUUUCGGCAUAUUAAAGAACCAUCAGCUUCGCCUCAAUGCCUUGAAAUGCGCUUUCGGGGUUGGAAGAGGGAAGUUCUUGGGAUAUAUGGUCACUCACAGAGGAAUUGAGGCAAAUUCGGACCAAAUAAAAGCAAUACAAGAUCUUGAAGUACCAACAAAGGCUAAGGAGAUGCAGAAACUGGCCGGAAUGGCGGCCGUACUAAAUCGGUUCAUCAGCAAGUUUUCAGAUCGGAUGAAGCCCUUCUUCCAGCUUUUGAAGAAAAGGGCAGCAUUUGAAUGGAGUUCCGAGUUCACUGAAGCACUAUAA